AUGGCUUCCACCGAUGAGCAGAAGAUCAUCCUCGUCAGUUCCGAUGGUGUCAACAUCCAGACUGACCGCAUCAUCGCCGAGCGUUCGAUGCUCAUCAAGAACAUGAUCGAAGAUCUUGGUACCCCCGGCGAGGAGCCCAUCCCCAUCAUGAACGUCUCCGAAGCUGUCCUCCGCAAGGUUCUCGAGUGGUGCGACCACCACAAGAAGGACCCUCCCCCGGAGAAGGAUGAGGACGCCGAGUCCCGCAAGAAGACUACCGACAUUGAGGAGUGGGACCAGAAGUUCAUGCAGGUCGACCAAGAGAUGCUCUUCGAGAUCAUCCUCGCCGCCAACUACAUGGACAUCAAGGCCCUCCUUGACGUCGGCUGCAAGACUGUCGCAAACAUGAUCAAGGGCAAGUCCCCCGAGGAGAUCCGCAAGACCUUCAACAUCCAGAACGACUUCACCCCCGAGGAGGAAGAGCAGAUCCGCCGCGAGAACGAGUGGGCCGAGGACCGCUAA